AGCGGUGCGACUAUGGUAAUAAUAACAAUAAUCAACUACCUUCUUGCUCGCGUGCGACUCUCGGCUAAGUUGUACGAAAGUGCAGAACAAGACGAAAACAAGUGGAAAGGGGAUGUUGUAUGUGCGGAUAAGUUUGGGGUCGUGGUAAAUUUCGUGGUCAGUCGGUGUGUGGGGACCGGUCACUGUACGGGAGUGUGUAGCGAAGAUCACACCGACGACACUGCUAAAGGGACGCCACUCGGACAACGCCACUACAUCCCUGCCCAUUGCAGAUCGCAGACAUCACCAGCACCAGGAGUGGAGGUACCGACAUACUGCACGAACGGCGUCAAUAUUCGGCGACGAUCCUCGUACCAGACGGCUUGCGGAUAUAAAUAUCUCCCACGAAGAAGCCUCCCAUCGACAGAACGAAACGUCACCACGUCCGAGCAGGAUCGCAGCCUUCGACGCCUUCCUGAGAGUGUGACUAAAGCGUGACUCGUCAAACGAAGUGUUAUAUUACAGCGCUAAAUAGAUAGUGUGUGUGUGUGCUAGAGAGUGAGAAAAGGAUUAAAAGAUUGAAUAAAAAACCCCGGGAAAUUUGUAUAAUGAAAGUGAUCAUUAUCGUCUGUGUGGUGCUGUUGGCGUUCGGUGGUAGUGGUGUGGAAUGUGCACCACAAGGACCGGCCACCGAGCCAAUUCCCAUUAUUCGGCAGGAGCAGGAGGUGAAUCCGGAUGGUAGCUACAGCUGGAGCUAUGAGACGGGCAAUGGUAUUGUGGCGGAAGAGCAAGGAUUUUUGAAAAAUGCUGGAACCGAACAGGAAGCACAGGUCGCUCAAGGAGAGUAUUCGUACACGGCACCGGACGGGCAGAUCAUACGGGUGCAGUACAUUGCGGACGAGAACGGUUUCCAGCCGCUGGGCGACCAUCUGCCUACACCCCCACCCAUCCCACCGGCCAUCCAGCGUGCGCUCGAGUACCUUGCCAGUCUGCCGCCGAGCGAUGAUGCUUCGCGGAGGUACUGAGCGGGGAGCGAAACACAUUCCCACCCACAACUAGCACGUAAAACAGUCUCAUCAAUCGCAUACAUAGUGUUAAGCAACGGUACAGUUGAGAUAAGGAACGAGAACUGUAAUGCUCACCCAAUACGAUUGUACAGUCCCGUUCACAUACACCGUGGUAUGUAAAUAAAUCAUAACGUUUUCUCGUAUUUAUAUCCAAUAAUCGUAUAAUAUUAUUCUUUUCACGAUAUAUCUUCUCAUAAAAAGAUGUUGCAUUCAAACAAAAAAAAGCGAUAUCAAACUACUAAUCAUCAACCAAAACAUGGCUUCAUCAUUAUCGCACAGUUCGCAUCAGUGUCUGAUUUGGCGAGCGUUAUCCUUCAACCGGGCCAAGCUUUUAACUAAUCUCUGACACAGACCGAUAGGCUUUUUGCUGCCCAUCAAACUAAUCACACUUAAGCAUCCUUUAUUCGAUACCGAGCGCGUGCUUCUAAGCACUCUUGUGCAAGCUUUAUUCUCGCACGAGACCACCACCUUCCCACAUUUCUUCAGACCGUCUGAUCAUAAAACCUACCUCCAUCGUGUGUCGAUCACCCGAUCGUACCAUAAACCAAUGGCGAAACGAAAAAGGAACAUUUUAAUCUCAAGGCAAGUAGCAUCGGAUGCCGCACCGGUGGAUGAAUGAACUAUGGUAAGAUUAUGUGGUAUUGGCUCGUUCUUUUUUAUGUUGGAAGGUGUAUCGAUUUUCGUACGUUGCAAAGGUUUGUUUUUUUUUUGGAGAUGAGAAUGUGGGGAAGUCUUGCCGUGUGGCGCCUUCGUCGUACUAUCUGCUAAUCAUACAGUGGACUAGUUGGACGCAC